AUGGCCCCCAAGAAGUCCAAGUCUGACGCCCAGAGCAUUGGUGCCAAGCUCGCCCUUGUCAUCAAGUCCGGCAAGGUCGUCCUCGGCUACCGCAGCACCCUCAAGGCCCUCCGCUCCGGCAAGGCCAAGCUCAUCCUCAUCUCUGCCAACACUCCUCCCCUCCGCAAGUCUGAGCUUGAGUACUACUCCAUGAUGUCCAAGACUGCCGUCCACCACUACACUGGCACCAACAUUGAGCUCGGUACCGCCUGCGGUAAGCUCUUCCGCUGCUCCACCAUGGCCAUCCUUGAUGCCGGUGACUCCGACAUCCUCGCCGACCAGCAGCAGUAA